AUGAAGUUUGGGAAGAGCAUCUGCGUGCUCAACGUAGGGGGAACCCGGUACGCCUUCACCCGUGAGGUGAUCAGGGAUUUCCCUCUCCGGCGCGUCAGUCGCCUGCAUGCCUGCGCGACCGAGAAAGAGGUCCUGGAACUGUGCGACGACUACGACCGGGACCGGAAUGAGUUUUUCUUCGACCGGCACGCGCAGGCUUUCGUGUUCAUCAUGCUGUACGUGCGCUCCGGUAAACUCCGCUUUGUCCCCGGAGUGUGUGAGCUCUCCUUCUACACGGAGAUGCUCUACUGGGGGCUGGAGAGCGCGCACUUGGACUUCUGCUGCCAGAAACGCCUGGACGACAGGAUGUCCGAGAUCGGACUGGACAGUCUGUCGGAGGAGGACAUCAGGGUGUCGGAGAAUGAGUCCCGGAGCCCGGACGAGUCGGUGCAACGGCUUGCGGUCACGGGUCGCGCCGGAUGGCUUGAGAAGAUGCGCAAGACAUUCGAGGAGCCCAACUCUUCGCUUGCGGCGCAGCUUUUGGCUUCAGUGUCCGUGAUCUUUGUGAUUGUUUCUAUGAUAAUGCUGUGUGCCAGCACCCUGCCGGACUGGGAUACAGCCAAAAGAAAUUCUGUGGAGGAGCACAGGAUAGUGGAGGCAGUGUGUAUUGGCUGGUUUACAGCAGAGUGCAUAGUGCGCUUUUUGGUAGCCAGAGACAAGUGGGAGUUCCUCCGCCGGCCGCUGAACAUCAUCGACGUGAUUGCCAUCACCCCCUACUAUGUCACCAUGGCGAUGGCCCGAGCAGGGAUGCCGGGCGCCGGGCUUGGGGUUGCUGGGGUGAUACUGCGGGUGCUGCGGAUGAUGCGAGUGUUCUGGCUCAUGAAGCUGGCCAGACACUUCUUGGGCCUGCAGACACUGGGGCUGACGCUCAGGCGCUGCUACCGGGAAAUGGUCAUGCUGAUGGUGUUUGUCUGCGUCGCCAUGGCAAUAUACAGCGCUCUGGCCCAGCUGCUGGAGCACGGCUUGGACUUGGGUAUGCAGAACCAAGAUUACGCCAGCAUCCCGGCCGCCGCCUGGUGGGUUAUCAUCUCCAUGACAACAGUGGGGUACGGGGAUGUGUACCCUGUGACAGUUGGAGGACGGGUGCUUGGGGGAAUGUGUGUAGUGAGUGGCAUUGUACUCCUGGCACUGCCCAUCACAUUCAUCUACCACAGUUUUGUACAGUGCUACCAUGAACUGAAACUCCGCUCUGCCAGAUAUGCACGCAGUAUGUCAUCGGAGAUACUGCAGUAAACAUACAUUUAUACCAGACAUCGGUGGCCCUGCCUCCAUCAGAAAGAAACGCAACAAACCAGUGACCCUGCUGAUCCCAUUGUGAAUUAAUGAUCAGCUCUGUGCCCUGCCCUGUUUCCUGCCUGAGCAACACCUGAUUUUAUUUGGCUUCUCUUGUUUCUGCUUAUUGUACGGAUGAUCUACAGUCAUCCUCUUCAACCAGCAUGCUCUACAUCUGUCUCCUUAACAACACAGUUUAAACAGAAGAAUAGGAAUACACAAAUUAUUUUUUAUUAAACACGCACAGGCGCAGUCAAUCCAGUUUUGACAGUGGCCGUUGUUUACACUGUAUUCCCAUGGUAACGACACUGGCAGAGAUGGCUGCCUCUUUGUAUGCUGCAUCGAGCGCGCUCUGUGUGUGUGUGUGUGUGUGUCUGUGUUUGUUUGUCUGGCCAUCAGCUUUUCACUUUGUAUAAGAUUUGCACCCAGAUGGUACAAGUUACACAAUAUUGAUGUGUGACCUAGAUACAUUCUGUUAAGCAUAAAGAUUUAAAAACCGUGAAAUAUACUGAAGGAGUGAAAAAGUGAGUGCAAAGUGGGGAUGGAGAAGGGGUGUACCGAGGAUUAGUGUGUAGGAGUGGCUUAAGCCAGGGAUAAUGAAAUAUGGAGACAGGUCAGCAAGGACUACACGGUGGCAGACAAAUACAGGGGCAAUAGAUAUGACAGGGCAGAUGGAGUGUGAAAUGGAGGAUAAAAGAUUAUGGGACAAAAAUGACAGAGAUGACAGAAUGUGGAACAAGCCUGAGCAAAAAGAAUGAAUAGCUCGAGUGUCUUUUGCUUCUCCAUUGUGAGUGAAUGUAAGGCAUUUUGUAUUUCUGUGUCUCCAAGGCAACUGCAUCCUCCAACAUGUCAAUCAUAAUGGUGGCUGAUUUGUGUGCACACAGAAAUAGGCCACAGCCAUGCACCCCUCCUGGCUGCUAUGCAGCUUAUUUGUCCUGCAAUUAUUGGGAAUA